AUGGCAAACCAACCACAACCAAGAGACGAUGGACAAGACGCCAAACAAAAUCAAAUCACCCCAAUGAUCACAGUCCCUAGAAAAGCAAAAACUCAACAAUUCAAAGGUGGAGGAAGCCAGCCUGAAGUGGCCCCACAGUGCCCAAAGCCAUGGUGUGGAGUUGUAGAGGUCUGGGUGGACCCUCUACAGUUUCCCAACUCAAGGAAUCAUGGAAGAUUUAAAACCUUUCUUGCUGACUUGGGAGGUCAAGAAAUCUACACGGAGGGCUACCCAUUCACCUGGGGUAAUAACAGAGCAGAUGAGGAUUACAUUGAAGAGAAAUUAAACAGAAUGAUUGCAUCCUUACACUGGCAUUCUACCCAUCCAGAGACUAAAGUCAUCAAUGUAUUCAGAAGUGCCUCGGAUCACAAUCUCCUUGUUCUUCAUUCUGGCACCUCUGAAAACCAUAGGAAACAAGCCUUUUGCUUUGAUAAAAGAUGGCUCAAGCUACCAGGAAUCAAAGAGGAAAUUCGGGCAGCAUGGAACCAACCAGUUCAUGGCUCUCCAAUGUUCAAAAUCACUGAAAAGAUAAAGGCCACAAGGUUGACCCUUCUGAAGUGGAGCAGAACCUUAAAAACAAAUUAUGCCAAAACUAUAAAGAGGCUUACUUCAGAAAUGGCUGGCCUUAUAGAACAUGGAGGAACUAGAAAUUGGGAGCACUGGAAUUCCUUGAAACAGCAACUGGAUGAGGUUUACAAAGAAGAAGAACUCUACUAG